AAGACAAGAAGAUCAAUGAAAACAUCGUAAAGAGUAUUUUGACAUUUCGAUGCAAUUGCAUAACCUAAAAUUGCAACAGUCAAGAGAGUCAAGAGAUAAAAAUAAUAAAUUAAAUUAUUUGUUGGGGCGUUUAAUGAACUCAAAAGGAUACAAUAUCGAAGUAUUAUGUAUCGAAUGUUAAAUGGUUCCGUAAUAUGUGCCAAGAGUUCACUUACCCAUAGCUUAAUCCGACGCGUUUCAACAUGUCUUGUUACUUCAUUCAACUCUAAGCCCGCCCAGAGGUUCAACAUAUCGCAUGAACGAAUAGGUAUUUUUGGUAUCAACGAACUCCAGACACCAGAAGGAUUUUAUCUUUUAAAAGAGAAUGUCAUCAACAAAACAGAAGAUCUAAUCAGAGAAGCAACUGGAACAAAUCGAAAACGCAAAAUUGUUGAAGUGUUCGAUGAGUUAUCUGACUCACUGUGUCAGGUAGCAGAUUUGGCUGAAUUUAUUCGAUUGGUGCAUCCGAAAAAGGCAUUUGGUCAUGCUGCUGAAGACGCUUGUAUCUCGGUCAGUGGAGUGGUUGAAAAACUUAACACGCAUAAGCAAUUGUACAAAGCACUGAAGAAUGUCGUCGAUACUAAAGAUACGUUUGAAACUAAUGCAAUCGACGAUCAUGUUGCGAAACUGUUUUUGUUCGACUUCGAACAGUGCGGCAUUCACUUAGAAGAAAAUCAACGGCAAAAAGUUGUCUACCUAAACGAUGCGAUUCUUCAACUGGGUCAACGUUUCAUGACUGGAGCGGUGCAUCCACGACAAGUUUCUAAAUCUGUUUUGCCCGAUAACAUCAAGCCAUACUUUUCUAGUGAAGGCGACAAAGUUCUCGUUUCUGGACUUUAUGCUGAUGGUAAUGCGACGGCUAGAGAAACGGCGUAUCGUUUGUUCCUGUACCCAGAUGAUCACCAAGAAUAUCUUCUAACGGAACUGAUCAAAUCACGUCACGAAUUGGCUACAACUUGUGAUUUCCCGACAUAUGCCCAUCGAGCUUUGAAAUCCAGUACGGCGGAGACUCCACAAAUGGUCAACGAAUUUUUGAUUAAAUUCACGGAACAGUUAAGGCCGCGAGCGGAACAUGACUUCAAAAUUAUGACCCGAAUGAAACAGAAGGAAAUCGACGGCAAUGGUACAUUAGCUUCUUGGGACACACCGUAUUACACAGCAAAGCUCAAGAAGCAAUGGCUACAGGUAUCUGCGUCAGAGUUUACGCCGUACUUUAGUUUGGGUGGUUGUAUGGAAGGUGUCAGCACUUUGAUGAAAUGUUUGUACGGAAUCGUAUUGGAAAACACUGAAAUGGAACCAGGCGAAUCAUGGGCUGACGAUAUCUACAAACUAGCUGUAAAACAUGAGACAGAAGGUCUACUCGGACACAUUUACUGUGAUUUCUACGAUCGACAGGGCAAACCAAAUCAAGAUUGCCAUUUCACAAUACGGGGUGGAAAGGCUUUGCCUGACGGUUCGUACCAGAAUCCCAUUGUUGUGGUAAUGCUCAAUCUAAGUCCACCAAGAUGGUCCGGACCGACACUAUUAACGCCAUCCAUGGUUGACAAUUUGUUUCACGAAAUGGGACAUGCGAUGCAUUCGAUGCUAGCUCGGACCGAAUAUCAACAUGUUACAGGAACUCGGUGCAGUACCGACUUUGCGGAGGUGCCUUCAGUAUUGAUGGAAUAUUUUGCUAGUGAUCCGCGAGUGCUGAGCACAUUUGCAAAACAUUUCCAGACACAAGAGCCUAUGCCGGCUGAUAUGCUCAAAAGGUUAUGCAUGUCAAAGCACUUAUUUGCAUCGAGCGAGACGCAGCUACAAGUCUUCUAUUCGGCAUUGGAUCAACGAUACCACGGCGAUCCGAACAGGAACACUGGUACGACAACUGAUGUGCUGAAGAGCGUACAAAGCGAGUAUUACAGUUUGCCGUACGUGGAUAACACGGCUUGGCAGUUACGGUUCUCACAUUUGGUUGGCUAUGGCGCUAAAUACUAUUCCUAUUUGAUAUCACGUGCCAUAGCGUCAAACAUAUGGCAGACAUACUUUGAAGCUGAUCCGUUUAGUCGCAGCAAUGGUGAACGUUAUCGACGCGAAUGUUUAGCUCAUGGCGGUGGUAUGCCGAGUAAACAAUUGGUGAGCAAUUUUCUGCAACAAGACCUGACCCCUUCAGAUUUGUCGCAAUGUCUGAUCGAUGAGAUUGACAUUAACAACAAGAAGAUUGAGGCAAUGAGCGGUGAAGUUGGAAUUAGUUUUAAGGGCUGAGAAUGAGAAUGGGUUUCCCUUGUCAAAUGUAAAUUCCCCAAAAUUUUAACGGUAAAAAAGACGUCGAACGUAAUUUAUGCAAAAUCUAA